CUGAACGCGUAGAGGUGAUAAAACCCAAAAUAAAAUGAAUAAGGUGUUAACAGUUUUUGCGAUCGUUGUUUCAAUGAUUGCCACAAGGAAAGUGCUGGCAGAGGAAAUAAUGAAGGUACCCAUGGGUCUAGCGCUUGAGACCGUCGAACCGUUUGCCAUGAAAUGUGAGCCUAAGCCUGAAAAAGCACAUAUGGAAGAGCUUAUCUUGAAUAAAGAGGACGCGGACUUAAUAACGAGAUGUUUACGUAGCUGCCUCAUGGAGCAGUUCGAUUUGUUCGUAGAAGAUAGCACUGAUGUGAACACGGAGAAGUUACUGAGCUGGAUGGUACUAUUGUAUUCCGAAAAAAUUGAUGAACUCAGGGCAAUAUCCAAUGGUUGUAAUGAGAAAAAUGUUGAAAUGGGCAUUACUGAUAAAUGCGAGGUGGCGCAUUCGUUUGCUAUGUGCAUGCUGAAGGAAAUGAAGGAGCGCGAGUAUGAGAUACCCGAAGUGGAACAAUGAGUGGUAAUGGCAGAAUUGUUAUUCUUUUGUUGAAAAAUGUAUGUAGGUUUAAACAUUCGAAAAACUAUUUUCAAAUUCAUAUGUUAAUCAAUAUAACUUGCAUAAUGUCAACUUAUAUGAAAAUAUUUUGCUGUGGAGCCUAGACAUAAUUACUUCUAUAUAAAUAUAAUCCAAUGUGUUAAAGUACUGAA